UGGUCAGCAGUGGACGUGCUUCCGUUGCUGGGUUGAACGAAGGUAACAUCAACAAGGUUGCACAGGCCAUCGAUGAAGUUGUCAGAUCUUGUGCUAAGCCUAAAUUGUAAUGAACUUGACGGUUAUUCUAUAUACUUCUAAAUUGUACCAUGGGUACUUAUAUACGGCAUAUUCAUCUUGAAUACUUUGAUUAACUAAUGUAUAACUGCUUUUAAGUGAUAAUUCGGUAAUGGAUGUCUGUAUGCCCAUUGCCUACGAAUAACCUGCUUGUAAGUGAUUCUUAACUCUUAAUGGAUGCGAAUGCUGCAUCAACCCACAUUUCCAGAUGGACUCUUCAGGUGGUGAAUUUUCUCCUACAAUGCUACACCUCUCAAUACUAUUAUAGAUAUAUAUUAAAAUUAAAAAUAACAAUAUAUAAAGCAGACAGCAUUCUUAGUUUUAAUAUGAGUGGUUACCGAUUAAUCGAUGGGAAUGGUUGUACGGCGAUCAUAGACCACCUUUGGAUGUACUUUUGAUGUGUGUGUGCUAUGGUAAAGUCCUCAGAUUUACUUCUUUCUGAAAGAACAACCUUCGGUCAACUUAGCCUUACCACCAGCUGGGGUGCACAAGACAGUGGAACAAGAUUCACAGGUGACGGCACUUUGAGCGUGGGAGAAGAUGGUGGUGAUGUUUAAACAACCUUGACACUUGACAUCCAUGAAGUAAGAUCUUGGGGAUUGGACCAAGGUCUUCAACUUGUGCUUUUGAGCUUCAGAAGCUGGAGAUGGGUGCAAUAAAUCUUGAACUAAAACCUAGAAUUGUUAGUUGCUGUUUCCAUGUUUGAGGGCCAUGUUCUGGAGUUUGAAGAUUCGUUCAAUUUUUCAUGUAGUGUUUCUAGUUAUCCACAUUAUCUUGAUGAUUGGUUGUCUUAUAUGAGUGGA